CCGCGGGGGGAAGUGGCGCGCCGGCUUCCGGGGUGGGCUCCGCCGGCUGGGAACGGAGCUCCGCGGCAGCGCCAUGGCGUCCGUGGGCACUCUCGCCUUCGACGAGUAUGGGCGUCCUUUCCUCAUCAUCAAGGACCAGGACCGCAAGUCCCGUCUUAUGGGACUCGAGGCCCUCAAGUCUCACAUCAUGGCGGCAAAGGCUGUAGCAAACACAAUGAGGACUUCUCUCGGACCAAACGGGCUUGAUAAAAUGAUGGUGGAUAAGGAUGGCGACGUGACUGUGACCAACGACGGCGCCACCAUUCUAAGCAUGAUGGACGUCGAUCAUCAGAUUGCCAAGCUGAUGGUCGAACUGUCCAAGUCACAGGAUGACGAAAUUGGAGAUGGAACCACAGGAGUCGUUGUGCUGGCCGGCGCCCUCCUGGAGGAAGCCGAGCAGCUGCUGGACCGCGGCAUCCACCCCAUCCGCAUCGCCGACGGCUACGAGCAGGCUGCCCGCAUCGCCAUCGAGCACCUGGACAAGAUCAGCGACAGCGUCUACGUCGACGUGACGGACAUCGAACCCCUGAUUCAGACUGCCAAGACCACGCUGGGCUCCAAAGUGGUUAACAGCUGUCACCGGCAAAUGGCCGAGAUCGCCGUGAACGCGGUCCUCACGGUCGCCGACAUGCAGCGGCGAGAUGUCGACUUCGAGCUCAUCAAGGUGGAAGGCAAAGUGGGCGGGAGGUUGGAGGACACGAAGCUCAUUAAGGGCGUGAUCGUGGACAAGGACUUCAGUCACCCGCAGAUGCCGAAACAAGUGGAAAACGCAAAGAUUGCCAUUCUCACGUGCCCGUUUGAGCCACCGAAACCAAAGACAAAGCAUAAGCUAGACGUGACUUCUGUAGAAGAUUAUAAAGCCCUUCAGAAAUACGAAAAGGAGAAAUUCGAAGAGAUGGUUCAGCAGAUUAAAGAAACUGGCGCCAACCUUGCUAUUUGCCAGUGGGGCUUUGAUGACGAAGCAAAUCAUUUACUUCUUCAGAAUAACUUGCCUGCGGUUCGUUGGGUGGGAGGACCUGAAAUCGAGUUGAUCGCCAUUGCGACUGGGGGGCGCAUUGUCCCACGGUUCUCAGAGCUGACCGCUGAGAAACUGGGCUUUGCUGGGCUUGUGAAAGAGAUCUCAUUUGGGACGACCAAGGACAAGAUGCUGGUCAUCGAGCAGUGCAAGAACUCCAGGGCUGUGACCAUUUUCAUCCGAGGAGGAAAUAAGAUGAUCAUCGAGGAGGCAAAACGAUCCCUUCAUGACGCGCUGUGCGUCAUCCGGAACCUCAUCCGGGACAACCGCGUGGUGUACGGCGGAGGCGCUGCGGAGAUCGCCUGCGCGCUGGCCGUGAGCCAAGCAGCAGACAAGUGCCCCACCCUGGAGCAGUACGCCAUGCGCGCCUUCGCCGACGCUCUGGAGGUCAUCCCCAUGGCCCUCUCGGAAAACAGUGGCAUGAACCCCAUCCAGACCAUGACCGAAGUCCGAGCCAGACAAGUGAAGGAGGCGAACCCUGCUCUUGGGAUUGACUGUUUGCACAAGGGCACAAACGAUAUGAAGCAACAACACGUCAUAGAAACCUUGAUCGGCAAAAAGCAGCAGAUCUCUCUCGCCACUCAGAUGGUUAGGAUGAUUUUGAAGAUUGACGACAUCCGUAAGCCUGGAGAAUCUGAAGAAUAAAGAAGAAUCUAGAGUAAUUGUAGUAAGACCUGCUGCUGUGAUUGGAUGGUGUCCCGUGCUACAUCUACAGUUAUUUAUUGUUCCAUCCUCCAUUAGCCGCUUGAGAUGCUGUAAUAAAAAGCUGUUUGGUAACUGGCUUCAAAGUCCUCUGAUUGUGGGGGUG